AUGUCUUCGCAGAAAGCUCCCGGCGAGGAGCUCGAGGGUGACAUCACCUUCAUCGCGACUCCCCCGCCUGCGCCGCAGAAGUUCGGCACCGGCGUGGACUGUGGCGUCGAGGUCACCAAUGUCCCUGCCAUCCACAAUGCUCCCCUGCCGGCCGAGGGCCCUGGAAAUGAGUCCUUCUCAAACUACAUCCUCGGCGGGCUGCUGCUGGGCAUCCCCAUCUUUGUCGCCCGCAGCCUCGGCGGCGGCUUCAAGACCACCGUCUUCUUCUUCCUGGUCCUGCUCUUCCCCAUCCUGAUCGCCGUCUGGACCGUGGCCUCGUCCUACUCGCCGCGCAUCAACGACAAGGUGAAGCUGCCCGGCCGCCCCGUCGAGCACUACAUCACCUUCAAGAAGCAGGAGGACCGCCAGCGGUGGAGCGGCCGCAACAAGAUCCCCAUGAAGACCUUCUACGAGAUGUACUUUGACGGCGACGUCGAGUUCAACGGCGACUGCCUCGAGGUCAUGGAGUACCGCCACGACUGGGCCAACUUCUCCUUCACCUGGCCCCUGUUCCACUUCAUCAUCUUCACCUUCUUCCGGGACGUGCUCUUCCACUCGCGCGAGCAGGACGAGGAGCAGGUCCGCCCCAACUACGACCGCGGCAACGAGCACUACGCCUUCUUCCUCGGCCCGCGCAUGGUCUACACGAGCGGCAUCUUCUCCGACAUCACGCGCGAGGAGUCGCUCGAGGAGAUGCAGGACAACAAGAUGGCCAUCGUGUGCGAGAAGCUCGGCCUCAAGGCGGGCGAGUCGAUGCUGGACAUCGGGUGCGGCUGGGGCACGCUCGCCCGCUUCGCCAGCCUCAACUACGGCGCGCACGUCACCGGCGCCACCCUCGCGCGCAACCAGGCCGCCUGGGGCAACGACGCCCUCCGCCGCGCCGGCAUCCCCGAGAGCCAGAGCAACCUGCUGUGCAUGGACUACCGCGACAUCCCGCAGCGCCGCUUCAACAAGAUCUCGCAGAUCGAGAUGGGCGAGCACGUCGGCAUCCGCAGGCUCACGACCUUCUUCCGCCAGUGCUACGACAUGCUCGAGGACGACGGCGCCAUGUACGUCCAGCUCUCGGGGCUGCGCAAGGCCUGGCAGUACGAGGACUUCAUCUGGGGCCUGUUCCUGAACAAGUACAUCUUCCCCGGCGCCGACGCCUCCACCCCGCUGGCCAACUACGUCGGAUGCCUCGAGAGCGCCGGCUGGGAGAUCAAGAGCGUCGACACCGUCGGCGUCCACUACUCGGGCACCCUCUGGAGGUGGUACCGCAACUGGCUGGGCAACGGCGAGGCCAUCAAGGCCAAGUACGGCCAGCGCUGGUUCCGCAUCUGGGAGCUCUUCCUGGCCUGGUCCACCAUCGCCGCGCGCCAGGGCAGCGCCACCUGCUUCCAGAUGGUCGUGGUCAAGAACCUGAACGCCACCCACCGUGUCAAGGGCUUCUCGUCCCAGUUCGGCCUGUCUGGUGCCCUCGCCGCGGCUCGUGCUGCCGGAAGGGCAGUCCUGCCCCAGUAA